AUUAGUGAUUCAUUACUUAGGCAAAGUGAACAUUACAACAAUUUGGCAUCCAAGCUUUCUAAUAUAGGAUUUGUAAAGGUAGAACCUGGAAGUGAUGAAGAAAUCGAGCAAUCUACUACUUCUACUACUCCAGUUACUCCUAGAAUAAGGCGUAGUAUGCGUAGAAGAACCAAGGCCAAUUAUAGUUAUCCUCGUUAUUCUUACAGUGGCAAAAGAUCUAAAACACGUAAACGAAGUCGUACACUUAAUAAAGUGUCAUCAUUAUCUGCUACUGAAAAUGAAGCCGAUGACUUGGAAGUUGUUAAUGUUGAUAAUGAAAAGAACGAGGUGACUAAUCCACCUGCACAUGAGCUAUCUCCUGUCCAAAUUAGUGAUGGUCAGGAAAUGAAAAAAGUUGCUCAUAGUGGUCAGGGUAAAGAUGAUAGUGGGAAUAUUGAUAAAAUUAUUAUCGAUAAUGAAUCGCAAAGCAAUUUAUACCUUAAACAUAAUCUUCGUUCUCGAAAAAUUCUGCUUAAAUUACCAGAAGGUGUAUCUAAAGAAACAGAAGAGGGACCUGUUACAGCCCCUUCCAAAAAAACUGCGAGAGCUAAACGAUCAGCAAAAAAAUCUACUUCAAAGGUAAUUCCGAAGAAACCUACAAAGGCAACGCCAAAACGUAAAACAACUCGUCGCAAGUUAAUCACUCGUAAGACGAAUCAAGAUUCUGAAUUGCAAUCACCGAAUGAAGCUGAAAAUGAGUCAGGGUUGGAAGAUAAUAGUGAAUUGGGAGUGGGUGUCCCGGCUAAAACUCUUUCAGCUUUAAAGGAACCUACUACUCCAAGGAAGGUGACAACUAGGAGUAUUAAAACCGUUGAUACAACACUUGAAGCCAGAACUACAAAAAAUUCUUCAAGUAAAAAGGUGACACCAAAAACCUCUAGAACCUCAAGCAAAAGGACAAAGAACCAUGACACUGAAUUUAAAGAUUCUUCCGGAAAAGAACCAUCUAAAAUCGAGAUCGUUAAUCCAACGGAGGUUCCAGGAGUUGAAAUUAGCACAGACAUUGUGAAUCAUAAUUCAGAAAAUCAGGUUGUACGAGAACAAUCUGAUGUUGAAAUGAAUAAUGCUACUCAAGAUGAACCAGAGCAGGUGGAGGAAUCAGUUUCAACACCUAACCUUCCAAAGAGAACCCGAAAAAGUACUAGGAGGCUAGUUGGUGGGUCUAAAUCUACAAAAUCUACUAGUGGUGGCAAACAAAGUCGUGGAAGAAAAGUUGAUACACAGGCCGAUGAUAAUGCAGCAAGAGAUAAUGAAGUAAACAUUGAGCCAUCAGAUAAAGAGGAGGAGACUAUCCCUACAACGAAACCAAAAAAGGCCACAAGAAGUGCUAAUCGUAAAGGCCAAACUCGUGUUGUUGACAAUACUACCACCGAACAACCUCCAGUCCCAGCUUCCGACCCAGAUAUUGUCGAAAUAUCCUCAAUAAAUCCGACGGCUCUUGCAAAUGUUGUUAAUACGUUAGCAGGACAAAAUUAUGAUAUUUUAAGUUCUCCCGAGAGUGCCUCCCCAAAUAAAGGACCUUGUACGCCUGUAUUCGUAAAACCACAUGUUCCUGCAACCCGUUCUUCAUCACCUUCUAAUACACCUCCACCAGAAUUACAAGCAAAAUUGACAAAGCCUCCUACUGCUACUCCUAGUUCAUUGGAAUGGUCAAGGGAUCAUUGGCAUCAUCUGAAAGUAUUUUAUGAAGAAACCAAGAGUGAAUAUAUAAGUUCUGGUAAAGAUGUUAAUAGAAAUAAAGAUGUAUACAGUAAAGUUAUUGAAAAAUUUUUUGAGGCUGACAUUAAUAAUAGAACAUUUGGAGAGGAAGAUUUACGUUUGCGCAUAAUUUCAUUAGAAACUGCAGACCAUGAAAGAAAUAACGAACCUUCGAGCGAUCAACGAAGUAGUAAUAUUGAAAACAGUGUUAUUCUUUAUAAUAAAACUUAUUCCAAUCUCCGGGAUAACAUUGCCGGAAACAAACGUAAACGGCGUGGAUCAAGUAUAACCAACGCUGUCCCAGGGGUAAACGAUGAGAUUGAAGGCAAAGUCCCCAAACGUUCUCGUGUGGAGGAAAAUACUCCUUCGGGGUCUGGUACAACAACACCAGCUUCUGCACCUCAAACGCCCAGUAACAAUAUGUUGUCGAAAUUAUUUGGAGGCUGGUUUAAUAGUGGUCAAAGCCGAUCAAACCCGGCCUCAUUGAAUGAAGAAGCACCAGAAGAUUCGGAUAAUAAUGUUGAUGAAAACGAAGACAGGAUGGAAGAAGAGCAAUCAACCCAAAAUUCUCGUAAUAGAAGCUGGUUGUGGUAA